UGGACGAAUAUUCCCAACUACUAUUUACAGAUGCAGAAAGUGAGACUGACUCACAGGGGUCACUUGAUUUGGAUGCAACUCAGGGUCCUUCGGGAUCAACACAAGAUUUCACAUAUAGUCAAGACAUAAGCUCCCCUGCAAGUUCAAUAACUGUCGAAAGCCCAAGGAAGCCAAGUGACCCAGCGGCAAAGCCAAGGAAGAGACAAAUAAAUCAUUUCUUGGCUGUUGGAAAUCCAACAACACCCGACUCGGACAUAGAACAAUCCGAAAGCCUGUUCAAAAGGAGAAAAUCUACAAAAAAAGGUACCCUAAUUUUUCCAUGGUUGCAGAUAUCUAUAGACACAUUUCUGGUUUCUUCCAUAAUUUUAGAAUUACCUUGA